UGUGGUGUGGUCUAUGAUCACGUAGUGAUUAGUUAGUAUUGAUAAUGUUAAGAUAAGUAGACGAUAGGAAUGCCUCGUACAGAAUAAGAUAUUUAAUAAGAUAGUAAUUAGUUAAGAUAAGCACGUAGCUUUUCCUUUGUAUAAAUAGCGUAGUAUAUUCAAUAAAGGUGUGCACUUCUUAGUUGGUACUGGUUGCCUUGACUAUACCUAGACAUGUAGUUCUGUUGUUUUAUUAACACGUCUACCCUCAUCAACACCUAAGGACCCUGCCUGUCGGAAGGUUGGCAAGCCCAACAUCACAUGGCGACCCUGCCAUUUGAACGGACCCUGCCAUUUGAACGGACCCUGCCAUUUGAACGGACCCUGCCAAUUGAACGGACCCUGCCAUUUGAACGGACCCUGCCAUUUGAACGGACCCUGCCAUUUGAACGGACCCUGCCAUUUGAACGGACCCUGCCAUUCGAACGGAUCUUGUGAUUCGAGCAGACCCUGCGAGACCCUGCGAGAGCGGUUGGACAAUAUCGAAACGCCAUGGGAAGCACGACGUCCAAAGAAGAAGUAAUAGUAGCCCAGACGGCAGCAGGAGGAUCAAAUGUCGCGACGGUGACGAAGGAACAAUUAGCAACGACCAACACGGUGCUGUUUUUUAUAGCCACUUGUUUUGCGCUUUUGAUCAUUGGCGUGGUAUUUUGGUUAUACAGAAGAUGUCACCAGAACUGGAUUGAAGAGAAAAUACGACAGAGGGAGAUGCAAAAAGUAGUGCAGACGGCCUAAGGAGCAUACGAGCGACAGGAAGAUCUGAAGUCAUGGCGCCGGAUACCACGAAGGACGAACUACUCCAUACAGAACAGGAGGAAGCAGCAGCCGCCGCCGCGGCACAGGCAGAGCUGUCGGCGGCACAGGCCGAGCUGUCGGCGGCGCAGCGCGCGCGCAUCGAGCGCAACCGCCUCAAGGCGCGAGCUCUGCGCGACGCGCGCCUCGUGCAGCGCCCCCCCACCACGCUCGCCGCGCCCGACAGCGGCGGCGGCUUCCUGCCCGACGCCGACGAGCCCGAGCCGCCGCGCGCCCUACCGCCGCCGGCGCCCAUCGCGGACCCGGCGGAGCAGCCGCGGUGCCUCGACUGCGACCGCCUCUUCCCGCAGUCCUACUUAUUCGACACGUUCGGGUACAACGUGUGCGACGAGUGCAGAGACGACGAGGGCGAACACGCGCUCAUCACGCGCACCGAGGCCAAGACCGCGUAUCUGCUGAAGGACUGCGACCUGGACCUGCGGCCGCCGGCGCUGCGCUGCGUGCGGCGGCGCAACCCGCACGCGCGGCGCGGCGACAUGCGCCUGUACGUGCGCGCGCAGGUGGCGGCGCGGGCUCGCGAGGCGUGGGGCUCGGAGGCGGGGCUGGAGGCGGAGCGCGCGCGGCGGGCGGAGGCGAAGGCGCGGGCGACGCAGACGGCGACGGCGCGGCGACUGCGCGCGCUGCGCAUGGACGUGCGCUCGAGUCUGUUCGCGGGCGCGCGCGCCGCGCACGAGCACGAGUUCGGCGCCGAGCAGUACGACGCGGACGCCGACUUGUACUCGCGAGCCUGCGCUUGCGGACACGUCGAGACCUACGAAAAAAUGUAACAGUCGCACCGGAAUAAUUUUUAUACAUUUAUGUCACGGCUAAUGACCUCCAGAGGCCUGCGUCCUGUUCAAUUUAGGUACAUAAUACUUUUACCAGUCUAAGAUUUGCUAUCGUAAAACCGCAACCGCGGCAGGUGCUAGAGACGCGAGUAUCUCGCUCCUCCGGAUCGACAUGGUUCGUCACCGAGGCCGUAUGGAAAUUCAAUAGCAGUUUCGAUUCAACACAUGAGUGUUCAUGAAUAUGGCUAAUAAUAAAUGUGUGAAGUGCUCUUAGAUAGGGUGUUUUUCUAUUUCUUUUUUUGACGCAGUCGAGUUCCUUCUUUUUAAUUAAUUGAUUAGAAUUAUAAUACAAUAUAUUUCGAACGGUUUUGAUAUUCUUUUCAUUACCUAGAUAUUUAUUUAUGAUAUGUUUUUCAUUAUUGCUAAUCUGGUGUGUUAUUUAUGAUAAUAUUGAUAUUGAAAUAAAUUUCAUCAAUAUCGCCUAUUUCAAAGUAAUCGGCCUUUGCGGGCUCUUAUGAAACGUUACACUAGUUAGUUGCACGAUUUCAAAAAGUUGGUCUCAUCUCUCACUCUUCUAAAAAGGUAAUGUAAUAUGUUCAAAAGGACUUAAGGCGUUACGUAAAAUUAGCACAAUCGAGCCUCUCUAGCCUGGCCGUAAGCGUCUAUGGCGUUUGUUGUCGAUUCUCUUUCAUAACCAACUGUUUGAAAUCGUGCUUGUGCUUCUGUAUGCGUUCUUCAAUGGCCUUUAUUCUGUGCUCUGGACCCAUUAUUGAAGCUCUGUUGAAAUUGUUCGGUACAAAAGAAAAAUUAUUUGUUCAAGUGCUCAUUCCAUUUAGUUCAUAAAAAAACAUAGCUUCAAACAUAAUGAAAUAAACAAAUGCAGUUUCAAUACCAAGAUAUUUUUACAAUUCUUAAAAGUUAAAUAAACGUUAAAUCUACACAAGUGUUAGAUAGCUUUCAAGUCUUCUGGAAGAUCGUUUUUGGGAUGCUUGUUUUCAAAAUGUUGUUUGUAGGUCUUAGGGUCUGGCAUCUGCGCCUGAAACAAGUUUUAUUUUGUAAUUUGUGGUACUUUUAUCCUACAAUAAUACUUACAUAAUAAUAAUGGUGAUACAUUUGGAUGCCUUUUUUAAAAACGGUUAUUAUAAACUCCAUUAACAAAUUAAA